GGUUAGUUUUCCAAAUUUUGAAAACCCUAACAUUUAUCACAGAGAGAGGACAAAGAGACAGCUCUCCCCUCCCCUGGUACGCCACACGCCACACCACCUCCCCGACCCUCCCUAUACUUAGCAGUCAGUCUGCCUUCCGUCGCCACCGCCGUCAUCUGCUUCGUUUUCUUCAAUAAGAUUAGGAGAGGAGAUGGCAGACCGGUUGACCCGUAUUGCAAUCGUGAGCUCCGACAGAUGCAAGCCAAAGAAGUGCCGCCAGGAAUGCAAGAAGAGCUGCCCUGUUGUCAAGACUGGUAAACUAUGUAUUGAGGUUACCCCUGCAGCCAAGAUUGCUUUUAUCUCGGAAGAAUUGUGCAUUGGGUGCGGUAUCUGUGUUAAGAAAUGCCCAUUUGAAGCAAUUCAAAUCAUCAACUUACCGAAGGAUUUAAACAAAGAUACGACCCAUCGUUAUGGUCCUAACACUUUCAAACUACACAGGUUACCAGUCCCAAGGCCAGGUCAAGUUCUAGGUUUGGUUGGAACUAAUGGCAUUGGGAAGUCGACUGCCCUCAAAGUUUUGGCUGGAAAGUUGAAACCAAAUUUAGGCCGUUUCAAGAAUCCUCCAGAUUGGCAGGAAAUCUUGACCUACUUCCGGGGAUCUGAGCUGCAGAAUUAUUUUACCCGUAUUCUGGAAGAUAAUUUGAAGGCCAUUAUAAAGCCCCAGUAUGUUGAUCACAUUCCAAAAGCAGUUCAAGGAAAUGUUGGGGAGGUGCUCAACCAGAAAGAUGAGAGGGAUAUGAAGGAAGAACUGUGUGCUGACCUUGAGCUGAACCAGGUUAUAGAACGUAAUGUAGGGGAUUUAUCAGGUGGGGAGCUUCAAAGAUUUGCCAUUGCUGUCGUCGCCAUACAGAAUGCAGAGAUAUAUAUGUUUGACGAACCUUCAAGUUAUCUUGAUGUGAAACAAAGGCUUAAAGCUGCCCAAGUUGUCCGAUCUUUACUCAGGCCUAAUAGCUAUGUAAUUGUUGUGGAGCAUGAUCUUAGUGUCUUGGAUUACUUGUCAGACUUCAUUUGCUGUUUAUAUGGGAAACCUGGUGCAUAUGGAGUUGUGACUCUUCCAUUCUCAGUUAGAGAAGGAAUCAACAUCUUCCUGGCCGGAUUUGUUCCUACAGAAAAUCUUAGGUUCCGAGAUGAAUCUCUGACAUUUAAGGUUGCUGAGACACCACAGGAAAGUGCUGAGGAAAUUGAGACAUAUGCACGAUAUAGAUACCCAUCAAUGAGUAAAACUCAGGGAAAUUUCAGGCUUCGUGUGGUUGAGGGUGAAUUUACAGAUUCUCAAAUUAUUGUGAUGCUGGGUGAGAACGGAACAGGGAAGACUACAUUUAUUCGUAUGCUGGCGGGUCUAUUGAAACCUGAUAUUGUAGAAAAUUCAGAUGUGGAGAUACCUGAAUUCAAUGUUUCUUACAAGCCUCAGAAAAUCAGUCCAAAGUUUCAAUCCACUGUCAGACACUUGUUACAUUCAAAAAUCCGUGAUUCAUAUACUCAUCCACAAUUUAUGUCGGAUGUGAUGAAGCCUCUUCUAAUUGAACAAUUAAUGGAUCAAGAAGUUGUGAAUCUCUCUGGCGGUGAGUUGCAGAGGGUUGCAUUAUGCCUAUGCCUCGGGAAGAUCAGUUUUGAUGAGUACAUUCUAAUGUCCGCCUCUAUUUACUCAAUGCAGCCAGCAGAUAUUUAUCUGAUAGAUGAACCAAGUGCUUAUCUUGAUUCUGAGCAGCGUAUUGUUGCUUCUAAGGUCAUAAAGAGGUUUAUCCUUCAUGCUAAGAAAACUGCUUUCGUGGUUGAACAUGAUUUUAUUAUGGCUACCUACUUGGCUGAUAGAGUUAUAGUCUAUGAGGGGAAGCCGUCAAUUGAUUGUACUGCAAAUUGUCCCCAGUCAUUGUUGACUGGGAUGAAUCUGUUCUUAUCGCAUCUUGAUAUCACAUUUAGACGUGACCCCACUAACUAUCGCCCAAGAAUCAACAAAUUGGAGUCAACUAAGGAUAGGGAACAAAAAGCUGCUGGGUCCUACUAUUACCUGGAUGAUUGAUAAGGCCUUGAUGAUUUGGAGGGCGUUCAUAUGACCUUAAUAAUGGAAUCACAGCUGAAGUCAUGACAUUCUGACAAAUGAUCGGAGGUCCUUUGUUUACCAGAGAGAAUGAGUUUUCCAGGCCCUCCCAUGUUGUUAGGUACUUGAGUAAGUCAUGCCCUUGCCCUAUAGAUAGUGUGCUUGCACUCAUGCAGUUUUGGUAAAUUAGUCUCAUUGGGCGAAGCAAUCUAGAUGUACAAUUAAUGGUCACUCAUAGUAUCAGCGAUUGCAGUUUGAGGAAAGGAUGUUUAACUGUUGUGCUUUCUGGGUUUAUGUAACAGUGAUUUCAUCUCUCGUGGUAAAUUUUGUUUUUUACAUUACAAAUUUGUUCUGUAGAUGCCUGGGCUUAUUCUUGUAAAAGUGUGGAAAGGUUUUAAUGCUCAGGGAAAAGAAUUCUAAUGGGCGUUUGAUAUGCUGAAGACAGAAUUCUACAGUUCUUUGUUUAGUGUCGACUGUUGAGAAAACUGACGCUGUCACAAACUCAACCAAUUAUUUACC